AUGUAUGCUACCCGUCCCGUUCUUUCUUGCACGGUAUGCAUGGCUAAGUAUAAGCAGAACCCGACAACGUCCCAUCAUCGAAAGGGCGAUGGCACCUCUUUCAAUCUGAGCAUAACCGGGCUCCGUGGACGCAAAAUCAAACGGCCCCGUCCCCAAAAGAGGACCCGCCUUGAUAAAAUCAAGGAAGAAUGGAGAAAGGAGUAUUUAGAAGAGCUCCGAGCCCAGCACUGGGUCGUUCCUGAUCACCCCGCUGAGGGAGAGGAUGAGGGGCCUGGCCAGGUGGUUGACCUUACCCCUGGUCAGGCUCUUCGCAAAGAAGAGCUUCUGUUGGACCUUGCCAGUCUGAAAGAGAUUAAGGACCAACACCUGGCGAGAAAAGAAGAGCUAGACGAGCAAAUCAGAGGCCUCCAAGAGAAGUUAGAGCAUGCGGAUGCGGCCUUCAAGAAUACCAGGAAAGAAAUUAGUGACAUAGUCAGAAAGGAAAAGAAGACCGAGGAGGCCUCCACCUCCGCCUCUGCCGCCACCGGCCCGCCCCCGUCCAAGAGGGCUAAGUUGUCGAAAUGGAAGAAAGAAUUCCUGCAGGAGGCCCUCCGAAAGCAGGUGUUGCUCCGCGAACUUGAGGAGAGGAAGGCCAUCAAGAACCGGCACCUGGAGGAGAAGAGGGGGCUGUCGCAGGAGAUCUCAGCGUUAGAGGAGGGGAUCCGCGGCCUCCAAGCGGACUUGGGAGGCCGCGGAUCAAGCCUUCCUCAAAGCCAAAGAAGACGUGGCUGA